GUUUGCAGUGAAAUGAUUAGUUUUAAUAGGUCAUCUCAGAUUAAUCUUUUAACGUUCAAAGAUUCGCAAUCCCAGUUUGAUGAUAUGCCAUUCUGAAGUAAUUUAAAAUGUGCAACAUUGCAUUAAUAAAUGUCAUUGAGCAAUUGUUUCGAAAUAUGUGGUUGUCAUGCGAGCAUCUUUCAGUUUAUCAUUUUUUCUUAAUUGAUUGCACAACUUGCACGGAACAACAUGGAGAUUUUAUAAAUUCUACGAUUUCUUGGAGUUUUGUUCAGUCUUUUAUGAAGUGUUGAUGUGAUUGUUUUGAUAAAUUUUCUUUUUUUGUUCUUUUAUUGUGGAGACCAUGUCAGAUUUGGCGUUUAUAUGGAAGCGUCCAAACACGAUUGCAUUUCCAAAAGUUUGGCACACAUUCCAAGCACGAGAUUUGGACAGUGAUGAAUUGAUUGAGUAUCGAAUCCAAGAUUUACCUUUGGAUCGGUUUGACGAGGCUUUGGAACACAUGAAUGCCAAUUACAAUCAGGACGAACCAAUAGCCCAAGUGCUCGAUGGUGGCAAACAAACGGAGCAUCUGGAAGACUAUAAAUUGGCAUGGCGACCGAUGGCUGAACAAAAAGUGCCACUUGUUUGUUUCAAAGAAGGCUCAGAUGAAAUCGUUGGCAUCAACAUGCUUUUCGUAAUAAACAAAGACGAUCAUUUCAUGGAGAAGAUUUAUGGACACUUCAAGAGCCAAGUGACGAAAGACAUAUUCGAUUUGAUGAUGAUACUUUACGAGAACUUCGAUCCAUUCCAACAUUAUGGGGUCGAUGAGUACUUGUCAUCGUUUGGCCUUUCAGUUAGUCGGAAAUACAGGGGACGAAGCAUUGGAGACCAUUUCCUUGCAACCAGAAAGAAUCUUUGCAAUGAAUUCGCAUUGAAAUUGACUCACACAUUCUUCACGUCUGACUUUUCCAAUCAUAAUGCUGACAAGGCUGGUUUCGAAACGAACGUUGCCAUCAAGUAUGAAGAUGUCAUAAAAACCCACCCCAGAUUUAAUCAUAUCAAAAACAUCAAAAGUAAGGCAAUGACUCUGAAAACAAUGGUGUGCUAAAGUUCAAGCGAAUGCAAUUCAAUAGUAUUCAUUGAAUCUAUAUGUAACGGAAUCCUUGGGACCACGUGCAAAUAUUUCAUAUUGUCAAAUUUUCUCAAUAAAUUCAUUUGAAUCAAUU